AUUCUACUUUACUCAUCCACUAACGCGAUUUCAGGAAAACUCCAAUUAUCUGAGUUUGUGUGCCUAUAGGGUAUCCGAUAUGGGUGGCCAUCUCUUUCCCCUGAUCAAUACCUCCCUACGAUCAUCAGUAUUCCUAGCCAAGCCCUUGACAGCAUAUGUCUACAUGAAGUCCGUUACGAGUUAUAGCCAAGCAAGCUGCAAGGAAAGCCAUAUCCGUGAAUCAGCAGAUCAAGAGAGAGCGCCUUCGACUGCUCAAGAGUUUAAAAAGAUUGCUGAGGAGAAGCUGCGGGAGGCCGAUCGCGAGCAAGGUAUGGCUAGUCAGACGGCUGACAAGGCAUUUGAUGCUAUGGAAGAGGCUACUUUGGGAGACUCGAAACUUGAAUCUGUGAAGCGUAGGUCGGAGGAACACGAAGAUGGGGCUCAUGAUUACCGAAGGAGAGGGAUGAAGAGCCGCCAGAGGGAGUUAAAGCAUUUUCUAAAAAAGCCUAGCUACUUGGGCUACAAUGUCUAAAUAAAAACAAGAUCCUGAUGCAGAGUUUUGAGAAUAUUUUUUGUGUUUUUCUUUUAUUCAUGUCUGAAGACUUGGGGUGCCAAAGUAAUGCAUGGAUUUGAAUAGGAAAAUAAUAUAUAUAGUUGAAGUA